CAUAACGAGACCAACAAUGCUACAGCGGCUUACACUCCUGCUGGACUGUCCUCUCGUCAUCGUUGUCAUUUUCAUCUCGGGCAUCGGAGGGACAUUUCAGUAUGGAUUUGGAAUUUCUGUCGUGGCGUCUCCUUCCGCUUACAUCAAGGAGCUGGUGAACCAAACAUGCAUACGGAGAUACAAUGUCUACAUACAAGAGUGGCAGCUCUCGCUCAUCUGGUCCUUCACUGUGUCCAUUUUUAGCAUUGGGGGCUUGCUGGGCUCGUUACUGGCAGCUCCUUUCCUGGCAAUUGUUGGCAGGAGAAAUUGUCUUUUGUUUAACAAUUUUGUGGCUAUAACGGGAGCUGUGCUGAUGCUCUUGAGCCAAACGGCCAUGUCCUUUGAAAUGAUCAUGGUGGGGCGAUUUCUGUCCGGCAUCAAUUCAGGAAUCAGUCUGUCUGCUCACAGCUUGUACCUCACUGAAUGCACCCCAAAGAUGCUGCAAGCGAUGGUGGGCGUGACCAUCGGCACCUUCAUCGGCAUAGGGAAGUUCAGUGGUCAGCUUUUGGGGCUCAGCGAGUUACUUGGCGCAGAGGAUCGAUGGCCCUGGCUGCUCGGCUUCAGUGGCUUCACUGCAAUCUUUCAGCUCGUCACACUCCCGUUUUUGCCGGAAUCUCCCAAAUACCUGCUGCUAAACCGAGGAGACGAGCCGGCGUGCGAGAAAGCUAUGAUGAGGCUUUGGGGAAACAAGGACCACAGCAGGGAGUUGGAGGAGAUGUUGGUGGAGAAAGCUGCCCACCAGAACAUCCAAAGUCACUCUGUGAUGGAGCUGAUUCGGGAAAGAAGCGUUCGCUGGCAGCUGAUGACCAUCAUCGUCACCUUCAUCUCGCUGCAACUUUCAGGCAUCAACGCAGUGUACUUCUAUUCUUAUGAUGUGUUCCGUGCAGCAGGCAUUCACGAAUACCAGCUACGUUAUGCCGCUUUGGGAAUGGGGAUGUGUGAAAUGUUUUCCUCUCUAGUGUGUUUCAUGAUCAUUGACAGUACAGGAAAGAAAUGGCUCCUCUUCGCAGGAUACGUAGCUAUGGCUGUAACCCUGGUGCUCCUCACCAUUACUAUCUAUUUGCAGCAUGACAUCUUCUGGGUAUCGUACUGCAGCAUGGUCCUCAUUUUCACCUUCCUCUCCUGUUUUUCUACGGGGCCAGGCGGAGUAAUUGCUCCCCUCCCGGGUCAAAUUUUUACUCAGGCUUUCAAAGCGAGUGCAUUCACUGUCGGCUGCACCAUGAAUUGGACCGGCAUGUUUGUGGUGGGGAUGAUCUUCCCCAUCUUAGUGGAGUACCUCGAUUCCUUCUGCUUUGUCGUAUUCCUGUUGGUGUGCUUGGUCUCUGCGCUGUUUGUGUACUUCAAUGUGCCCGAGAUGAGCAAUAAAACAGCGUUGGAGAUCGCUGCUGACUUCGACCGGAUGCACAGCAAGUCUGGAAGGUCGAAGGGGGAAAAAACAGAUGAGCAGUCAUGUGAUGUCUUUAAAAGAUAUGAAACCAAAUUUUAGCUUCACUGGUCAAGUUUAAUUGCAAAAUUCAAAUCUCAAACAAGAAGACAAUAUUUUGGGGGAAAAAACAUGUUUAUAUUUUGGUGACGCAGAUGUAGAGCGUUGGCCUCACAGUUCUGAAGAACGGAGUUCAAAUCCCGGCCUCCCCCCUUUGUGGAGUUUCCAUGUUCUCCCUGCGCCUGUGUAAUGGUGUCAUGUUGUUGUGCUAUAAUAGGAACAGGACGUGGAAGCGCACUUUUAUUUUGAAAGGCACCACCUUCCUCAGUCAUUUAUUAUUUAUCAUUCUUCUCAAUGUUAUUAAUGUUAUAAGGAAUUGUUUGUUUAAAAAUGUUAAUUGUAAGGUGGAAAAUGCCGUUAGAUGUUAGUGGAAGAUAAGAGAAACACAGGAAGUUGGCUGCAUAAUGUACUUUGAAGCCACACUUAUUGUAUGGCGGAGGGACUACUUCCUCUUGUUCAUGAGAUUCCUGGUCUAAGAGUGUUGGGAGUAUUUAUGAAGAGAAAUCUGUGAUCAUCGGUGAAUGUGUCUCCUUUAUAAUACAAAGAUAGGAUUAAACCAUGAUGAGACCAGCUAACGUGUGUGACUUCUCAUUCAUCAGACCAAAAAAAUACACAACACACAGUUAGACCCACUACACCUGCAUGGGUUUUCCCCAGAAACUCGUUUUUUCCCUGAAUGUUUUAAUUAUAUUAUUGUCUACUGACGAUGAA